AAGGCGGAAGAUGUGAAAAUGGAUUCAGCAAUAAAGUUCCACAAUAAUGGAUUCAUGUUGCAUACCAAUGAACGUCGUGGCCGCCAAAAACAUGAGUGCAUAAAGAAAGCCGGCAAGAAUUGGGUGAUAAUUGAUUCCAAAGAACAGAAAGGCUACCAUAAAACGACGCAAUCUGCGCAACAAGGUUCAGAGGAUUUGUGUCAACACGCAUGUGCGGAUGCCGAAAUAAUAAAGGAACCGCGAUUUAACGCAUUUAAGCAUAGAAAGAUGCAGCGGCACAUCGAACAGAUUGUUAGAUCCAGUGUUAAACGCUCUGAAAUCGAGUCGCGCUCAUACUUUUUUGUGAUGGUAAAUUAUUUUACGAAGGCAAGAAAUUGGGAUGUCUAUACGCCGGCAGAAAUAGCUGUCUCCCAGUUUUCAUUAAGGGAAGGAGUGCAGCGUAUCUACCACACCCUCGUCAAUCCAGGUGCCAAUCUCUAUGGGGCUAAAUUUCAGACACAACAACAUGCCAAUCUUACACAUAGACUACCUGUGCCUCCAAAAGCCUUGGGCGAAGUCAAGCUCGAAAAAAUAUACAACGAUCUUGUAGAGUUUGUGUGUGGCAAUUUGAAAAAUGAGGAUGAGAUGCCACCCGUGUUUACGAUGGCGAAGGACAUACCCAUUGUUACUAGCGUUUUGAAUUUUAUCAGUAGUGGCUUGCGAAGUAAGCUGAAAGUUUAUUCGCUAGAAUAUCUAUUUUUCAUAAUGAAAGAAGCCACAUGUGAGGCUGGUGGUUUGCCGGCGCCAAAAGAUAUAUAUAUUACUAAUGCACUGAUGAAGGUGGACACUUACGAGCAUCAGUCAAAUAUAGGUUGCAAAUAUCAUGCAAAACGCAAUCUAUCUAAAUAUUGUGCCAAGUCAUACGUAACCCGAUGGGGGUUUAUGUUUGCCAAUUACAUGUGCCAUGAUUUGGGCAUUAAACUACACACAAAUCGUCAUAUGCCUUCAAAUUUGAAAACUACGAUAGGAAAACCUGCAAAUGAAGUAGAUGGAGUUGAAUCGAGGCCAGAACCAAAACCUGCAAAUGAAGUAGAUGCAGUUGAAUCGAGGCCAGAACCAAAACCUGUACAACUUGAGAUUAUCCCAAGCAAUUCAAACACAAAUCCAGAGAACGAAAUUGAAAAUGAGCAGCAUGAGGACCCUUUAAUUCAAAUUAAAAUCGAUGAUAUCAAAAGUGAACCACCCGAUGAUAUUGAUAACAUAUUUAGUGCGGAUAUAUGGGAAGCAUUUGAGGACUUGGAAAAGUUUAUCCAGCAAGAGGAUGCUCUCCAAAAUGAAAUUCAAUCACCGGCAUUCUCAGUUUCAGUUAAGGAAACAAAUAAAGAAGAAAUCAUAUUUACACGUCGACCAAAUCGUGAAACCAAAAUAGAAAUCUCAGCAUCAGUGGAUGAAAGUGUUUCAACUGAGGUUCAGGAGGAAGAAACGGAGGAAGAGCCGAACGAACUGGAAUUUUUAGCUACAGAAACGUUUAUUAUGCAUAAAGAGGAAAAAGAUAAGGUAACAUUGGGUACGGCUAGCUCGGAACCAAAAACCAACUUAACGAAAUCCCCGAUUGUAUGUAUUGAGAUCGAAGAGGACAUGAGUGCAGUGGAAACGAACCUUAGCAACUCCCUUAAUAAGGAAAGCACUAUUUCACCGGUUACAAGUCUACAGUCCAUGGAUAAAGGACGCACUUGUUAUCGAAAGGGCACCCCACCAAUAGGGAACCGUAAAAACAGUAUUUGUUCGAUUUCAAGCGAUGAUCGUAGCACACUUUUAAGAAGAAGCAUCUCACCAUACAAUGAUGAAAUAAGACAGAGGAAAAGUUCUACUCCUAAGAGAAAUGGUUAUCACCGUGGCCGCUCCAAUUCAAGGGUACAUAGCAGACUGUACAAGUAUGAUGGAAGGCUCGUCUCGCCUAGACACAAACAGGAACAUCGGGCUCGCUCAAGAGGAAGUGCUCGCACCCGUCGGAGUAGAAGUACUUCAUUGAGAAGAUGUCGGCCAUUAAAAUACCACUCUAGGUCCAGAAGUUGUUCCAAUUCACUUAACAGAAAAAGUAUUUCGAGAAGAAGACCAUGCAGUUUUCGGGGCCGUUCUAGCUCAGAAGAGAGCGAUAAUAUUACCAAAAUUGGCAACGUCUCACCAUGCAGGAGAAUAUCAGUUAGAAGAAAUCACCGGCACCAUGACCAUUCCAGAUCAAGAGAUCGAUCAAAUUCACUUAAAAGAAGGAUUUUAGAAAGAAGACAGUACAGACAUCGCAGCCGAAGUAGUUUUGAAAAACAUGGUGGAGAAACUGAAAACGGCAGCAUUUCAACCAGAAGAUCUGCAGUUAGAAGAAAUCAACGGUACCAUGACCAUUCCAGAUCAAGAAGUCGUUCGAAUUCACGGAAAAAAAGGAUCUUAGAAAGAACACGGUACAGACAUCGCAGCCGAAGUAGUUUUGAAAAACAUGGUGGAAAAACUGAAAAUGGCAACGUGUCAACAAGAUCUGUAGUUAAAAGAAAUCAACGAUAUCAGGAACAUUCCAGAUCUAAAAGUCGUUCUAUUUCUAGUUUUGAAGAAAACGGUUACAUAUUAAUUAACAGUAUUGAUUUAAGCAGAAGAAAUCAACAAUCGCGGGAGCGUUACAGAAGAAGAAGAAGUUCUUCCGAUUCCCUUAGUCGAAGAAGUAUUUCGCGACCGAGGCAGUACAGAUACCGUUCAAGAUCACGGGAAAGUGGUAGGAUAUAUAAUAAUCGGAAUGUUUCACCAAACAGAAGAGAUUAUCAUAGACAACUCAAAUCAAGAGAACAUAGUCCUUACAGUUACCGACAAAGUAUUAAGUAUUUGACGGACAACCGGACCGAAAUGAAUUUAUGCCGCCGUCAAAGCAGAAGUAUCUCCCCGAAAGGGUGCGUAACGAAGCAAUUAUCUCAAAAUUAUCAAUCAAGGUCAACUUCAAAUUCAUCAAGUAAUGAAAUUGUGCCAAAAACUGAAAGUACAGAAAAAAAUAAAGAAAUACAACCGAACAGUUCAAAAGGAAAUCUUCAGUUGGGUGAUCAGAACAUUGAGCCUGGAGAAUAUGCCUAUAAUGAGAGCAUGAAUCCUGCACUGCAAGGAUAUGGAGUAUCGCAACCGAUUCAUGCAGCUCAAUACACCCAAACAUCCUACAGUACAUCCCAUCAUCUUACAUACAUAAGUUAUCAAUCAACGUUGGAUUAUAAGCCACAACAAAUGUUAAAUGACCCAUUAAACUUGCGGCAUCGUCUAGGACCUCGUACGUCUUUAAAAGAUCAGGAUCUACGACUUCGCUUACUUAAACAGAACGAAUAUAUUACACCGUUACCCAAUCAAACAGACGUUUAUUUUCCUAAUCCACAAAAUCAACUACACCCUUCAAUUUGGGGAUUUAAUCCUGGACAGUAUAGUGGGGUUCAAUAUGGCUAUUGCUACUUUCCCUAAAACCAUUUGAACUCGAGUGUUUUUAACAGUGCAUAAUGUAACAUUCCUUCAUGAAGGAUAUGUAUUUUAAAGUAUGUGUUAGCAGUGGACAUAAAAUUAAAUCCUCUUACAUGUUUGAUGUGGAAACAGCUGAAUAAUUGUCGCGAAGACUUUUUUUUUUUCUUGAAAUCAAUUUGAA